AUGGUUCCCUACGAUGAACCCAUAUACGGCUUCUCCGGGGAGAAGGUCUCCACCCGCGGCUACAUCGACUUCCAUACCGUCUUUUGCGAUGACACUCAAACCAAAAUAAUCCCUAUCUGUUUCCUUGUCGUAGACGUGCCUACAUCAUACAAUGUACUUCUGGGUCACCCAUUCUUUAACACUCAGCGCAAUUGUAUCUACACCUCAUCUGGCCACGAAAUUUCCCUCCCCAUUUGGAGACAUCCUUACCAACGACUCGCGCGAGAAUGCUACAUGGCCAGUCUACGUCCACAACUACCCAUCCUUCAAACGCACAACAUUGAACGUCCACCUGGCUCUGACAUAGCCUUAUCUAGAGAUGAUUUAGACCCCAGGGUAGGCCGCGAUGCACGCCUCGAGCCUGUUGAUGAAACUUUACCCCUGGAACUCCCUAAUGGACACACCCUUAAAAUGGGCACCGGUCUUCAACACGAACAGCGUGAUAUACUCACACCUACCCUCAACAGCAACACCGACCUCAUUGCCUGGUCCGCCAUUGACUUACCCGACGUUGACCCUCAAGUGGCGGUCCACAAACUUUCCAUUUACAAAGAAGCCAAAUAUGUCUCUCAGAAGAAACGAAAGCUUGGUGAAGAACGUCGACUAGCAGCCAAGAUCGAAGCCGACAAGUUACUCAACGCAAGUUUCAUCGAAGAAGACCACUACACCACUUGGCUCUCCAAUAUAGUUCUGGUAAAAAAAGUUAACGGUAAAUGGCGAAUGUGUGUUGAUUACACAGAUCUCAAUAGGACCUGCCCCAGAGACGCCUACCCCUUGCCCAAUAUUGAUUGGCUAGUUGACGGUGCUGCCGGCAACAAGGUUCUCAGUUUCCUAGAUGCAUAUUCCGGCUACAAUCAGAUCCCAAUGGCCACAACUGAUAUGAACAAGACUGCCUUCAUCACAGACGAUACCAACUACUUUUAUAAAGUUAUGCCAUUCGGUCUCAAAAAUGCAGGAGCAACUUACCAAUGA